AUGUCGCUGCCUACCUCUACGUCCUUUGACCUCGAAGCUCAACCGGAGGAGAAGGCAACACAUUUCGUUCGCCAUGUUACCGUAGAGCACGAAGACCACGACCAUCCACCCGCCUCAGCGGAUGCAACCGCCGAGGUCGCCCCUCGCUUGACCUCCGAGUUCCGGACCCUCAGUAUUCAUGUCGAAAAUCGGGCCUCCCCCACCGAAGGUGAUGCAGGGGUCUCCGGAGCCAUUCGCAACAAGGCGGUGAAGGACCUCGUCUCUCUUGACUGGCACACCAUCUCGGUCGAUGAGGCACUUCAGCGACUGAGUGUCUCCCCGCAGUCGGGCCUAGACAACUCACAGGUGAAGCGGCGUCGGGAGGCAUGGGGCAAGAACGUCAUCUCGCCUCCAAAGAACAAUAUGCUCCGCAAGGUUCUCGAGUGGAUCUUUGGCGGAUUUGGCAGUCUACUUUUCGUAGCCAGCAUUUUCUGCUUCAUCUCCUGGAAGCCCCUCGGAGAACCGGAUCCCCAAAUCGCCAACUUAGCUCUGGGUGUCGUGCUCCUGAUCGUGCUGUUCUUUCAGGGGGCCUUCAAUGCUUGGCAAGACUUCUCGACAUCGAGGGUCAUGUCCUCGAUCAAGGAUAUGCUCCCUUCAGACGUGCUUAUCCUUCGUGACGGGAACAAGGUCAAACUCCCGGCAUCUGAGCUGGUCAACGGCGAUCUGGUCUACAUCGGCCUGGGCGAGAAGGUUCCAGCUGAUUUGCGGCUCAUCCAAGUGAGCUGGGACCUGAGGUUUGACCGCAGUAUCAUCACCGGCGAGAGUGAACCUAUUGCCGGCCGAGUUGACGCGACGAGCGAGAAUUUCCUUGAAACCAAGAACAUCGCGCUGCAAGGGACACAUUGCGUCAGCGGUUCUGGUACAGGGCUGGUCGUACAGAGUGGGGACAGCACUAUCUUUGGACGUAUUGCGAAGCUCUCCUCGAUGGAGCCCUCGCGAAUGACGACGCUGCAACGGGAGGUCUUGUUCGUAGUCCUGCUCAUCGCCUCUCUAGCGACGACUAUUGCUGUCUUGAUAGUCAUUCUUUGGGCGGCAUGGCUCAGAAGAUCUUUCCCAUCUUACAUCAACGUGUCGGGAUUGCUCAUCGACAUCGUCUCGGUCAUGGUCGCCUUCUUGCCCGAUGGAUUACCACUCGCGGUCACGUUGUCUAUCGCCAAGAUAGCGCACACGCUCAGUCAGCAUAAAGUGCUUUGCAAGUCACUGGUGAUUGUAGAAACCUUGGGCGCAGUUAAUGUCUUGUGCUCCGACAAGACGGGCACGUUGACGCAGAACAAGAUGCAGGUCGUCAACGUAGCGGUCGAGGGCACGGGUUUCGAGGCUGAGACUUUCGGAGACGCUCUCUCGAGCGCGGCUCCGGAGGUUGCGUUCAAUCUUUCUCAGGUCGUCGCCGUUGGGGCCCUUUGCAACACGGCCGUGUUCGGCGCCGAAAGCAAGAGCGAAUCCGCAAGGCCCAUCAUGGGCAAUGAAACUGAUGUUGCUGUCCUGAGGUUCUCAGAGGGUGCGAUGUCCGUGGACGCUCUCCGCGGACAGUGGCAGGAAGUCUUCAAGGUCAACUUCAACUCCAAGAACAAGUACAUGCUCAAACUAUUGGAGACCACGCUCCCUAAUCCACCUACUCCCAUCGCUCCUUGGGAUCAUUUCGCACCCGCAGACUCUCUGCUCGUGGUCAAGGGCGCGCCAGAGGUGCUCCUCCCUCGCUGCAAGUAUGCCCUGGAUCCCAAGGGCGGCGAGCCGAUCCCGCUCUCGCCUCCCGUUCUAGAGCGGCUGACGCGCGUACAGGAGCAGUGGGCGCGGGACGGACAACGCGUUCUGCUUCUUGCGCGGAGGGUUGUUCGCGCGGACGAAAUCCCCAAGAGCGCCGACCCGCUGUCGGAGGAGUUCGGGGAGCUCGUGGAGACUCUGCGCGACAACUUGAUCGUGGUCGGACUCGUUGGGCUCGUCGACCCACUCAAACCCGGCAUUGCGGAUGUCGUGAAGACCUGCCGGGAGGCGGGGAUCCGCUUCUUCAUCGUCACGGGCGAUCACCCUACGACAUCGGUAGCCAUCGCUGCGCGCGCCGGAAUCAUCACCAAUGUGGGCGGCAUGCAUGGCUUCGCAGACCUGCCCAAAGAAGGCCGUGUUUCAAGUCUCGGCUCGGACGAGAAGGCGAACGUCGACGUGGACAUCGGUGUCGAUGGCGCUGUCGAUGUCACGAACCAGGGCAUCGUCAUCACCGGACCUGAACUUGACCAACUCGAUGCCGCGCAGGUCGAUCAGCUAUGCAAGUACCAGGAGAUCGUCUUCGCGCGUACGACCCCGGAGCAGAAGCUGAGAAUCGUGAACGAGUUCAAGCGACGAGAGUGCAUCGUGGCCAUGACAGGCGACGGGGUGAACGACGCGCCGUCCUUGAAGGCCGCUGACUGCGGUAUCGCAAUGGGAGACGGCUCGGACGUGGCUCGCGAAGCUGCGGACAUGGUGCUGCUGGACGACUUCUCGGCUAUCAUCGUCGCGCUCACAUAUGGCCGAUUGGUUUUCGACAACCUCAAGAAGUCCGUCCUUUACCUUAUACCAGCUGGAAGCUUCUCUGAGUUGGUGCCCAUCUUGUCGAACGUUCUCAUCGGCGUGCCUCAGCUGCUUAGUAACAUCCAGAUGAUACUGAUCUGCGUGGCCACGGAUGUAUUGCCCGCCCUGAGUCUCUGCUUGGAAAAACCGGAGACAGAUAUUCUCAAACGUCCGCCUCGGAAUGUGAAAACCGAACACUUGGUCGACUGGAGGUUGCUUCUACAAGCGUACGGUUUCCUCGGUAUCCUUGAGGCGCUAUGCGCGAUGUCCAUGUCGUUCUGGUACUUGCACCGCAACGGUGUCCCCUUUUCCAACCUCAUCCUUGGGUUCGGCAAUUGGCCAGGUCUGACCGACGAGCUGCUGUUCAGGGCACAGAGCGUCAACUUCUUUACCCUUAUCAUGAUGCAAUGGGGGAACCUCUUCGCGACUCGAGGACGGAAGCUGAGCAUUACGCAACACACGCCGAUGUCGAAUCCAUGGGUUUUUGCUGGCGCGGCCGCGGCGUUGUGCAUCGGGAUCUUCUUCCACUACGUUCCGUGGUUCCACGGAGUGUUCCAGACACGUCCUGUGCCUGUAGAGUUUUUCUUCAUCCCCCUUACCUUUGGGCUCGGUCUUCUGGUCUUGGACGAAGUGCGCAAGUUGAUCGUCAGACGGUAUCCGAAGAGUCUGCUGGCGAGGAUUGCGUGGUGAACGAUGAUAUAAUGACACCUGCAAUCUUACGACAACCACAACAGUAACUCAACAUGUAUUAUAUCCAGAAA